AUGGCAGAACCUUUACCAACUUCCACAGACAAACUUCUAACUGUUCCCCCUUAUCCCGAUGGUUUGCAACAGGUUAAGUUGGAACGUUUAAGCGAUGAGAAGUUCACAGAAUUGAAGUCAAAAUUUGCUGGUGAAGAUGCACAUCAUACUGCCGCCCAGCUGAGUCAUGUGGCUAACGCGGGCAACCUCGCUGCAAUGCGCCAAUGGCACAGCACGCAAGAGACUGUGUAUGUCCGACAAGGCUCUUUUGAAUUCCCUCGCGCCAUGGACUACAACAACACACUCGUCCAUUUAUAUCUCAACUCAUACGACCCAUCGUACCGCGGAAAUAAGAAUGACAACACUUCUUUCAACUUUUGGGACGCCCAUGGUAGGAUCUGCCUCCAUAUUUCCUUUCGGCGACACCAGCGUAAAGUCAUUUUUAACGAGAUGCUCAACGGGCAUUGGUGUUCUGAGGUUGUUAUCGACUUCCCUGACUGCAUCAAGGACCGAAAACGCGUGGACCUCCAGGUCUGGACUGGCGGUAGUAAAUCAACUAUUUUGUUCAAUACAGAGGGUUGGGAGGUAGACCAUGGUGGCCCUGCUACUGCGCUAACCUAUCGGGCGAAUGAUAGUGGCGAUGCAAUGUUUGAGAGCUCGCUCGUGGCCCAGUUCAGCUGGAGGGAAUAG